GCCACGCAGACAGAUGUGCAAGAUGUCGGAGCGUUUGUUUCUUUACUUUAUUCUCUGUCUUCACUUUAUUGUUGUCUUUAUCACUUUAGUUUGUGCCACAGAUUCGACUGAUGAGGUUCAAAUCGAGGUGAUUUACUUACCAGAAAACUGCACCCAGAAAGCGAGGAAGGGAGAUUUAUUACACGCACAUUAUGAUGGAUAUCUGGCCAAGGACGGGUCUCAGUUCUACUGCAGUCGCUCAGCUAAAGAUGGACAGCCUCACUGGUUUGUUCAUGGGGUUGGGGAGGUCAUCAAGGGCUUGGACAUUGGCCUGAAAGACAUGUGUCCUGGUGAGAAGCGGAAGAUCACGGUACCUCCUUCGUUAGCAUUUGGUGAGAAGGGGAAAGAGCCGGUGCCACCCAAUGCAACCUUGAUCUUUAAGGUGGAGCUUUUGCAUGUGCGACGAGGUCCACGCAGCAUGGAAGCCUUUAACGAAAUGGACCACAACAAUGAUCGGACUCUUACAAAAGAAGAGGUGAAAGAACACUUGAAAAUGGAAGCAAAGAAGUUAAACGUGCAGAAAGACGAGUCCUAUUUCGACGCUGUUGUGAGCGACGUCUUCCGCAGGAAUGACGAGGACGCAGAUGGAACUUUAACCAUAAAAGAGUACAAUGUCUAUGAGCAUGAUGAGCUUUAACUAUAAAUAGACAUCGCACUUCCUCAUAGACAUUUUUAUGCCGGUUGGAUAUGGGAUAUUUUUGAAGUGUAUAAUAAAAUACCACUAGGACUACGCAAACGUUUAAUAAAGAUGAUUUUUAGAUAAU